GCUCCGAGGUGCUGCUGUGGCGGCGUACGCGGGGCUGAGGCGGGUGGGAGCCGAAGCCGAGCGCGGGCUGAGGGAGGAGGGCGGCGACUGGAGAGCUGCGAGCGGCGUGGGACCCGGAGCCUUUUUCACUUUUUCCCUCCCGAGUGCCCCCUCCCAGCCCUCCCACUCCACACUACCCUGUUUGCCCGUGAGCCUGGGGAACUUGCAGCUGAAAGCCAGCCACCCCCACGGCAACAUGUACCCCAGCAACAAGAAGAAAAAGGUGUGGAGAGAGGAGAAAGAACGCUUACUGAAGAUGACCCUAGAGGAAAGACGCAAAGAAUACCUAAGGGACUACGUUCCCCUGAACACUAUUCUAUCGUGGAAGGAGGAAGUGAAGGGCAAGAGCCAAAAUGAUGAAGAAAAUACUCAGGAAACAUCACAGGUGAAGAAAAAUUUGAGUGAAAAAGUUUCUCUCUAUAGAGGUGACAUCACAUUGCUAGAGGUAGACGCUAUAGUCAAUGCGGCAAAUGCCAGUCUCCUUGGAGGAGGAGGUGUGGAUGGCUGCAUUCACAGAGCGGCUGGCCCCUGUUUGCUGGCUGAAUGUCGCACCCUGAACGGCUGUGAUACUGGGCAUGCGAAAAUCACAUGCGGCUAUGACCUGCCUGCAAAAUGUGAGUACAACUCUUUUGAACACUGUUUCAGAAUCCGAGGAGCAUUCUUGCCUCGUUUUAUUUCUCAGGUGUGUAACUCGGGAAGGAAAUGGCAGUGGCGCACUGGAGAAAACGUGACUAAAAAGUUACAAUCUGUAGGAGACUCUUUGGUCUUGUACAGGCAGGUUGUGUAA